UUCUUAGUUCAGUAACAUUAGUUUUGCUUUACCAUUCUUCCUCCCUUCACAACACUCCCCUUCCCUGUUUAAUUUACCUUUUCUCACUGGUCAUUGCUGCUAAGCAUGCAUGUGUACUGUCUGGAUGUUGCUUGUGCAUACAUCAAGACAGCAUUUUUUAUUCGUUUUUGGGUGUUUCGUUUUAAAUACAAAAACAUUUUUGCCUGUUGUCUAAAAUGUGUUGGGAUUAGACCACUAUUGAACUCCCAUGUAGAUAUAUCAUUAUAGACAAGAUAGUCUUGCCAUGUGCAGUUGUUCUCAUGUAAAUUGUGUAUUUGUCUUGUUUUUUCUAGGUUAGAUUUGCUUGUUUUUCCAAUGAAUAAGCACAAUUUAAUGUGUUUAGGUGGUGCUCUAAACCUCUUCGAGAGCAUAUCAUAGUCUGGUAUCCUUUUUGUCAUUUACACAGGAGAAAAUACAUUAAAAAUACCGCUCCUAUGAUCAGUUUUUAGAAGCUUUCAAUAAUAGAAGCUCUUUAUUUAGCUGUGAUUCUAACUUGUUACCUCCCUCUCUUUGAUUUUGCUGGUAUUCAAAGGUUUGGAUUGGAGGAGGGGCUCACUGUGUCCCGAUCCUUGGAGCCGGAUCAGUUCAGGAUCAGGAGCAGGAUUAGGAUUAGGAUAAGGAUGGAUACAAACAUGGAGCGGGAUCAAUUUACCGGGAACGGGAACCAUAGGAGAGGAUCCCAACCCCAGCCCCGCAUCCCCCCCACCAAACCACAGUUAAAGGAUACUUGAUGUCAUAAUUGGCUUCUCUAGAACCAAAUUCAUUUUUUCUUUUUUCGUGGAGCCCCAUUGAUGCGCGCAGAAGGGAUCCAGGUGCCUCUUUUAUUUUUGAGAGAUUUGUUUUUUUUGGUAUAAAAGAAGCAGAGCAAGGAACCAGAAGGCUGGAUGGAAUCGGCAUGAGGAGUGUGCCAUCAUGACUGACAGGAAGGCAGUAAUAAAGAACGCUGACAUGUCGGAGGACAUGCAGCAGGAUGCAGUGGAUUGUGCCACACAGGCCAUGGAGAAGUACAACAUUGAGAAGGACAUUGCUGCAUAUAUCAAAAAGGAGUUCGAUAAGAAGUAUAAUCCGACAUGGCAUUGUAUUGUGGGACGGAACUUUGGCAGUUAUGUGACACAUGAAACUAAGCAUUUCAUCUACUUUUACUUGGGUCAAGUGGCUAUUCUGCUCUUCAAAUCAGGCUGAGGGAACCGCUGUCAUUCAUGAAAGUUGGAUAUCAACUCCAAACCUGGACUGUGACACACUGAUGGCUCGAGCCACACUCUACAUAAACACACACACACACACACACACACACGCUUACAUUCUCUCCCACAUACACAUUCAUGAAUUUAGCUAUAGAGGCUGUGCAUUAAUGCAUGGACCGUGUAUAUUAUUUAAUUUGUACAUGUUGCAAUACAGUAACUUUUUUUUGCUUUCUGUAGUUGCACGAGUUAACGCAACAAGAUGAUUUUUUGUUAGUUUUUUUCGAAGUCCAAAUUUGUUUUGCACUGAAGUUGUACAAAAUGCUUUGACCGCUGCCUUUAAAUUAUAUUAAAGAAUGAUAUGUCAUGCA